AGAGGACAAUGGAGGAUAGCACCAUCUUACGAAACCAGACAAUUGGCAACAAACAAAAAAUAAAAUAUGACUUUUCGUGUGAACUCUAUAGAAUGUCUACAUACUCCACAUUCCCGGCGGGUGUUCCCGUCUCAGAGAGGAGCCUGGCCCGCGCAGGCUUCUAUUACACGGGUGUGAAUGACAAGGUCAAAUGCUUCUGCUGUGGCCUGAUGCUGGACAACUGGAAGCCUGGAGACAAUCCUGUUGAAAAGCAUAAACAGCUCUAUCCAAGCUGUAGUUUUAUUCACAGUCUGGUUUCUCUCACCAGCCGGGAUUCCACCUCUAAGAACAUUUCUGCAAUGAGAAACAGUUUUACACAUUCGAUAUCUCCCACUUUGGAACAUGGCUCAUUUAGUGGUUCUCAUUCCAACCUCGCAGCAAACCCUGUGAGUUCCAGAGCAGGUGAAGACUUCUCCCCACUGAGCACUAACCCCUACAGUUACGCCAUGAGCACCGAGGAAGCCAGAUUUCUUACUUAUCACAUGUGGCCGCUAACCUUUCUGUCCCCGUCAGACUUGGCAAGGGCAGGCUUUUAUUAUAUAGGACCUGGAGAUAAGGUGGCCUGCUUUGCCUGCGGUGGGACCCUGAGUAACUGGGAACCAAAGGAUGACGCGAUGUCCGAACACCGGAGACAUUUCCCCAACUGCCCGUUUUUGGAAAAUUCUCUGGAGACCCUGAGAUUUAGCAUUUCAAAUUUGAGCAUGCAGACCCAUGCGGCCCGGUUGAGAACUUUCGUGUACUGGCCAUCUAGUGUCCCCGUGCGGCCUGAGCAGCUCGCAAGUGCUGGAUUCUAUUACGUGGGUCGCAAUGAUGAUGUCAAAUGCUUUUGCUGUGACGGUGGACUGCGGUGUUGGGAGUCUGGAGAUGACCCAUGGGUGGAGCACGCCAAGUGGUUUCCCAGGUGUGAGUUCUUGAUACGCAUGAAAGGGCAGGAAUUUGUGGAUGAGAUUCAAGCUCGAUACCCUCACCUUCUUGAGCAGCUUUUGUCAACAUCAGAUACUCCUGGAGAUGAAAAUGCUGAUCCACCAAUUGUCCAUUUUGGACCUGGAGAAAACCAUUCAGAAGACACAGUCAUGAUGAACACCCCGGUGGUGAAGGCCGCCUUGGAGAUGGGCUUCAGUAGGAUCCUGGUGAGGCAGACCGUGCAGAGUAAGAUCCUGAGCACUGGGGAGAACUACAGAACAGUUAAUGAGAUUGUGUUAGCACUUCUUAAUGCUGAAGAUGAGACCCGGGAGGAAGAGAAGGAAAGACAAACUGAAGAAAUGGCAUCAGAUGAUUUGUCAUUAAUUCGGAGGAAUAGAAUGGCUCUUUUUCAACAGUUGACUUGUGUGCUUCCUAUCCUGGAUAAUCUUUUAAAGGCCAAUGUAAUUAAUAAACAGGAACAUGAUAUCAUUAAACAAAAAACACAGAUACCUUUGCAAGCGAGAGAACUGAUUGAUACUGUCUUAGUUAAAGGAAACUCUGCUGCCAACAUCUUCAAAAGUUGUUUAAAAGAAAUCGACUCUACAUUAUAUAAGAACUUAUUUGUGGACAAGAACAUGAAGUAUAUUCCAACAGAAGAUGUUUCAGGUCUGUCGCUGGAGGAGCAGUUGAGGAGGUUGCAAGAAGAGAGAACGUGUAAAGUGUGCAUGGACAAAGAAGUGUCCAUCGUGUUCAUUCCUUGUGGUCACCUGGUGGUGUGCCAGGAAUGCGCCCCUUCUCUAAGAAAGUGUCCUAUCUGCAGGGGUAUAAUUAAGGGUACUGUUCGUACCUUUCUCUCAUAAAAGUCAGCUAUA